AUGUCUUUAAAAGCUGCAAAGGGCGACCGAGUGAACAUGGCCUCGUUAUUCUACCAAUCCAAACAAACCACAAGACCUGAAGUCACACAAGGCGCAAAUCAUCUGAAGCACAUACCACCCACACCCACCAUUCAAAUGGUCCAGUACGAUCCAUUUGUUGGCAUGUUUCCCGCUGCUGCCCUUCCCUCCCGCGGAAGAGACGCCGCUCAGCACAGCAACAACACCGAGCACAAUCCAGGACACAACGAAUUCGUCCACCACAGACUGAGAAGACUGUCGACGAGCGGUGGCGACCAUCCUCGGUGCUGUUCCAAAUGCCACUUGAGGCUACCAUCGCAAGAACACCGUCCAGCCUUGGUCCGCCAUGACAGCACUUCAAGCGAAGAAGAAUGGGACGGCUUCUGUCCGGACAUCACCAUGCCCAAGGACCUCUACCAUUCAGCUUCCCAUCGUUCGAUUCAAAGACGGCAUUCCAGCCUCUGCCCCACAAAUGUCGCCAACCACGAACGCAAGGGCAGUGGCAGCUCACCUGUGCAGAUGCUGGUGAAAGAACAGGCCGCCGAUGCUCUCGCCCAUCACCACAACAAGUGUAACUGCGAGACCAUCAUUCCGCGGGAAAACCUGGACGAGAGAUACGGACUAGUCGAGGAGCCCGAGGAGAUCAGGCGGAAAAGGGACAGCUUGGAUCAAGAGGCUGCUGGACGACUGGCGGACAUUAUGCACCAGGAACUGGUGUCGGACAUGGAAGCACGGCAGUGCAUGCUCUGA